UAAUAAUAAUGACAGAUUGUAAUAGCAAGUAAGUCGCGGUCCGGACGAAAGAGGAAGGGCCGUCUCACUAUUGUCCGUUCAUUUCCUGUAGCUCUGCUCGUCGCGGUUGGUCGAUCGUCGUCGCGACCUUGGCUCCUAUCACCACCCCACCAUCCCCGCCGCCGAUGGUACAACAACAACAACAACAAUAAUAAUAAUAAUUAAUAAGUAAUAAACUAAUAGCAUUGCUGCAGUCUGCAGCAGCCGCGCCGUGUGUACCGUACUACCGUGUACUGAUGUGCCAWUACUGAUUGUACGCCGUUUGUCUAAUUCCGUCGUGACGUUCGCGAAUUGCUUAGUAUUAAUUGUCGUCAUUGUUAUUGGUUUAACGAAACGGUUGUCGUAGCAUAUUUAAUUGCAUAAAACCACAAUAUUCCCAACUCAUCUCGAAGAACCUGGACCCGAACGUUAAGGACGUUAUCGUAUCCGAAACAGUUUCGAGCGAACACAACAAUAAUAACAACAUGGGAAUCGGCUGCGGCGAACGUGCCGGCAUCGACGACAAAUCGGCCGCCUAGUCGGCGGACGAGUGCUGUGCGGCGUGAUAACCCGGCCAUUGAUUAAGACAAUCAUCAAUCAUCGGCCGAACGCGAAGUGCGAAUGAGUAGGUCGUAGGUGCAAGACAAAAACUGACUAGGUGAAGUGAGCUGAUAACAAUAAAAAACAACUCGACAACCUAUUCUCUGUUGUUGAGAUUGCUGUGCGGUGUCAGAAGCAUUCAUAGCAGUCUUGGACUUCCACCUCCCCGUACAACACGGACCUAGACGUGGAUUUUCUUUUAUUUGAAAAUCAUCCAUCUCAAAGUAGUAUUCUUGCGCUAUGAKUACGUAUCACAUGAAUACCGCUCCCGUUGUAUACGACGUCCAWAAUUCUACGGUGUUUGGUCACGGAUUGUUUGGCGAUUGUUACUCAAAUAUCAUAGGAACCGCUGCAACAAUGUUCCUGUCCACCCAGUAUCAACCGGUCCUUAUGUCUGUAAUUGGGUCCAUUGUCGUGGGCCUAAGCGGACUUUUCCCCUUACUCAUAUUGCCAGUCAAUGAUUCAAUUUCUUUAAAAACUGGAUCUGGCAGUAAACAUUUACGUCUGUUGUUGAGUUUUUCCGUUGGUGGAAUGCUGGGUGAUGUGUUUUUACACGUUUUACCUGAAGUAUGGAUUUCUUCUAAAGAUAGACACGGAGACUGGMUACGGGAUGGCUGGUGGGUUUUGGCAGGCUURUUAGUAUUCAUCAUAGUUGAGAAAUUGUUUUCUUUAUCAGAUGAUAAAGAAAUUACUGAAACAAUUCAUAACAAAUUGUCUACUGACAUAAACUUAGUCAACAACAAUCAUAAGGAUUUAGGAAAAACAACUAGAUGUAAUAGUGAUGUGAUGACCAAAGCAAAAAAUCACAUACAAAUAAGUGGUUAUUUAAAUUUGUUAGCCAAUUGCAUCGACAAUUUCACUCAUGGUUUGGCAUUAGGAGGCAGUUUUCUCAUAUCCCCAAGAGUUGGUAUGUUCACCACAUUGGCAAUAUUAGUUCAUGAAAUUCCGCAUGAAGUUGGUGAUUUUGCUAUUCUUUUAAAGUCUGGGUUCAGUCGUUGGGAAGCUGCAUGUGCUCAAGUUUAUACAGCUUCUGCUGGCAUAUUUGGAGCCCUUACUGCCAUCUACUGUAGUGGAGUUUCUGGUGAUGUUGAGACAAAGACAUCAUGGAUAAUGCCAUUUACAGCUGGUGGUUUCCUUCACAUUUCUCUGGUUACUGUAUUGCCUGAGCUUUUACUCGAAGAGAAUCCAAGAGAAUCAAUCAAACAGUUUACAUUAAUAAUUGCUGGAAUAACAGUUAUGUUUGUCAUGUCUAAUCUGUUUGAAUGAUAAAGCAUCUAUUUUUUCCCUAUCCUACUCUCCCACCAUGUAUCCCAUUUACAAAAGACUAUAAUUUAAUAUUAUUAUUAUAUGACAUUUUUACUGUAUAAUCACAUUAUUAAGUACCACCUUACUAUUAUUUGUUUAGUCAAUUUAAGUUAAUUAUGUAUUGUUUUUGUAUUAUUCAUAAAAACUUCUGAUUUCUGAAUCGAUUUAUCAAUUUCUUUAUAAUGUUACCAUAAGACUUAGACCAACACAUUACUAUUUAUAAUUUUAAAAAAUCACUUCUUCAAAGAUUAAUUGGUUUCAUUAUGGUUGUGCAUUGUUGAUUUUUUUUUGUCAAUACUGCAUUGUUUUGAUAUAUAUA